AUGCGAAAACUUUCGAUUUUUGAGUCUUUUUUAAAGCUCAUUGGUACUGGUGGGCAUGAUGCUGCGGAUGAUAGCCAGUGCUGGAGUGACUGCGGCGCCAACGGCGAAGUGCAAGAUCGACGGGCGCCUGGCCCCACUUCCUGUGUAUUUCUAGAAAUGGCUCUGAAACGACUGUACGCAAAAGAAGAUUUCGAUGUGCUUGAGUGCCUCGGUGAAGGAUUUUUUGGUGAUGUCUAUAAGGUUCGGCAUCGAGUGACCGAGGAAGUGAUGGUGUUGAAAGUCGGUAAAGAGAGACAGCGGGAAAAUCGAGCACAGGUUAAGGCUGACGUGCUCAAAGAAGUUGAUGUUCUUAACAAGUUAACGUCGCAUCCUAAUCUUCUCGCCUUCCGGUAA